CUGCUCUCUCUCGUUCACACACACACACACAUUCACACUGCUUUCUCUCGUUCAAACACACACACACACACAUGCUGCUUUGCAUGGCUGUGCUCGCACACACUCUAUGGGAGUUGGGAAAGGAGCGUGUGUGUACUCUGUUUGAGAUGUGAGCAGACCCCAGUGUAGAGACAGAAGAUGCUUCCUGUGCUGAUCUGUACCCUGGUCUCUCUGAGCUUAGCAGACAACUUUGACACAGCAUACCCUGAUCUGGAGCACUACAGAACCAUCUACGUUCAAGAGAAUGGCUCUCGGCUCUCUGUGGUGACGGAGCAGUCCAAGGUGGUGUCGAGGCGGGGGGGAAACACCACCCUGCCCUGUAAGUUCCACAGAGAUGCGUCACUGCCCACCAACCCCAAACUGAGGAUCAAAUGGACCAAGCUGACCUCAGACUACCUCAAAGAGGUGGAUGUAUUCGUUGCCAUGGGUUUCCACAAGCGGAGUUACGGACGUUUCCAUGGACGCGUCUACCUACAGGACUCGGCUCCUACCGAUGCGUCGCUGGUCAUCACAGAGCUCACACUGGAGGAUUAUGGGAGAUAUAAGUGUGAGGUCAUCGACGGGCUGGAAGACGGAACGGGCGUGGUGUCUCUGGACCUGCAAGGUAUUGUCUACCCCUACUUCCCUCGGUUGGGUCGUUACAACCUGAACUUCUUCGACGCUGAGCGAGCGUGUCGCGAUCAGGACUCCAUCGUGGCGUCGUUUGACCAGCUGUAUGAGGCGUGGCGUGGGGGUUUGGACUGGUGCAACGCAGGGUGGCUGAGUGAUGGAUCCGUCCAGUAUCCCAUCACCACCCCCAGGGAACCCUGUGGGGGCAAGAACACUGUCCCGGGGAUCCGCAACUACGGCUUCGGAGACAAGGAGAAGAACAGAUAUGACGUGUUCUGUUUUACCUCCAACUACAAAGGGCGGUUGUACUACCUGAUCCACCCCUCCAAGCUGACGUAUGACGAGGCUGUGCGUGCGUGUCAGAAGGAUGGUGCUCAGAUUGCCAAGGUGGGCCAGAUGUACGCCGCCUGGAAGCUAUUGGGCUACGACCGCUGUGACGCCGGCUGGUUGGCUGAUGGGAGCGUGCGUUACCCUAUCACCCGCCCCCGCAGGCGCUGCAGCCCAGCGGAAGCUGCUGUGAGGUUCAACGGUUACCCCGACAAGAAACAGAAGCUGUAUGGAGUCUACUGCCUCAAAGGCCACAACUGAGAACCCAAUACACUCACACACACACUAGAGAACCUAUUACAUUUACAGAGAGAAGGAGGGAG